AUGCCCGGUAUCGCACGCAAGCUCAUCAUUUGCGCCGCCGUCGAUGGCCUCAUAAUCCAGCCGUUUGUCACAAAGGGUCAACGUCCCGCGCAACCGGUGAGAAUUAGAUAUGGCGAUGCAGCAAUAACCCCUGCUUCUCGAGAGCAGAUCCCCGAUCUGUCCCAGCCAAAUUCCUCGUUCGAGGCUUUCGGCGUUAUAGGACUUAUUACCGUCUCGAGACUCAGCUACCUAAUCACAAUUACCCGGCGACAGCAAGUUGCGCAAAUAUGCGGGUACCCGAUUUACGUCGUCACCGAAGUCGCCGUCACUCCAUGCGCCUCGCAGAAAGACGCCGGCGAAGCGAUCUCGCAAACCGCGCUUCACCUCGCAGAGAGGAAAACAGACAAGGAUGCCGACGAUAGCGACAGCGAUGAUUAUGUAGAGCUUCCGACCAGCGGCGACGAGGUCGAAGACCCUGCCCCCGCCAAGAAAGGCGCCGCCGAUCCCGUUAAGAGCACUGUCGCGAAAGAUGUUAUUGGCAGAAGAGGAAGCUACGGGAGGUUCGCGCAGACAUGGCUCACAAAGAGCGGGUGGACCCAAGAUCAGAAGAGAACGGCCGGCUGGAGUGGCACUGCGGAUCAGGUCCGGCGUUCCGUCGACCAAGCUGCCAGUUCGAAUAAUGCUUCGAGCUCCGCGAUAGACGAUUCGGACGAGCCGGUGCCGACUUCCACUUUGCUGCCGAAGCUUUUGAGAACGACCCAGAUCCUGUUUGGCUCUUCACGCAGCUUCUACUUCUCCUACGACGUCGACAUUACUCGGAGUUGGGCAAGCCGCGAACGAUCGCAGUCCGACGAUGUUCCUCUGCACAACAGUGUGGACCCCAUGUUCUUUUGGAACAAGAGCACUUUGAAGCCUUUCCUGCAAGCUGGAGAAGAGUCUCUCUUGCUGCCUCUCAUGCAGGGUUUCGUCGGCCAGAGAGAGUUCGUGGUAGACAGCAGUCCUCCCCAAACCGACGAAGGCCUUGGGGACUCCGUAGAGUUGUCGUCUUUCCGGCAGCCUGACUCAAAGCCAGCAACCCCGCCGACAGAGUCCGUUCGGGCAUCUAUUGAUCUUCGCCCUACUGAGAAGAAGUUCCUCUUGACCGUCAUUUCCCGCCGAUCGACGCAGCGAGCUGGACUGAGGUAUCUAAGGCGCGGUAUUGAUGAGCAGGGUCAUGUUGCGAAUGCCGUCGAAACGGAACAGAUUCUGUCCAGCCCCAAGUGGGAUAAAUCGUCAAAGGUUUACUCAUUUCUUCAAAUUCGCGGCAGCAUUCCAGUGUUCUUCACCCAGUCUCCGUAUUCCCUGAAGCCGGCACCAGUAAUCCAGCAUUCGCCAGAGACAAACUACGAAGCGGCAAAGAAACAUUUCGAACGCUUGAAAGAGAAAUAUGGAGGUCUUCAAAUUGUCAACUUGGUCGAGAAGCAUGGUGUCGAAGCAUCAGUUGGCAACCAAUACGAGAAGACGAUAGAAAAGCUGAACGAGGAAGUGUUCACGGGCCAAGAUGCCGCGGUCGCGUUCGAAUGGUUCGACUUCCACUCAGCAUGCCGUGGAAUGAAGUUCGAGAACGUCAGCUUGCUUCUUGAUACGCUGCGCGAUAAGCUGGAGAGCUUUGGCAGCACUGUUGAGGAGGCUGGAAACAUUUCCACGAAACAGAAGGGUGUAUUACGCACAAACUGCAUGGACUGCCUCGACAGAACAAACGUUUGUCAGAGCUCUUUUGGCAAGUACAUGCUGGAGGCUCAGUUGAAGUCGGAAGGAUAUGAUCUUUCUGCGCAAGUUGAACAGCAGACGCCGUGGUUCAACACCAUAUGGGCGGACAACGGAGACGCGGUCUCGAAGCAAUAUGCGUCAACGGCCGCUAUGAAGGGCGAUUACACGAGGACUCGGAAGCGUAAUCUCGGCGGAACCCUGAACGAUCUUGGUCUUUCAUUGACACGCUAUUACAAUGGAAUGGUCAACGACUACUUCAGCCAAGCAGCCAUCGACUUCCUCCUUGGCAACGUCAACUCCAUGGUCUUCCAGGAAUUCGAGUCCGAAAUGAUGACGAAAGAUCCCGCCGUUUCCAUGCUGAAAAUGAGAGAACAAGCUAUUGAGCUAUCUCAAAGGCGCGUAAUAUCCGAUGAAGGCGAGGAAUUCAUGGGCGGUUGGGUGCUCUUCAGCCCCCAUACCUCCGACAACCUGCGGUCUCUGCCCUUCGAGGAGGUUGUCCUUCUUCUAACAGACGCCGCCUUGUACCUUUGCCGAUUCGACUGGAACCUCGACAAGGUCUCCUCCUUUGAGCGCAUUGACCUCGCUCACGUCGUUGGCAUCAAGUUCGGCACGUACAUCAUCUCCACCGUCUCUCCAGGCUCAACAGACGAGUCGAAGAACGUCGGUUUCGUGGUGUCAUACCAGCCUGGCAAGAACGACAUCACAAGAACCAACACAAGAACCUUCUCCAACCUGGGCGUGAAGCGCAGCAAGACUUUGAGCAAGCCCGAUGAGCACCAGCAUCCCCACGAAGCCCAACCCGCCCAAUCUGCCUUGAGCAGUCUCCUGGGCGGACGACCCAAGACGGCGCCGGUUCGCAAAGUCGCCUUCAAAGCCCCAUACUCCCAAUCUUCCGCCGCCGUGACCGGUGAAGGGCCGAAGAUGACCGAGAUCCAGCAGGUCGUCAGUAUCUGCGCAGAGAUAGAACGUCUGGCUUUCCUGAGCCAACCGGGCAAGGAGAAGCCUGGCACCGAGAGCAUCAUCGAGAAGGGCGACAUCAUUUCGUUAGAGGAGGCAAGACAAAGCACCGGCUUGCUAGACCAUCUGAGUUACUCUCUCAAGAGACUCGUAUGGGCAUAG